GUCUCCCGCGGGCGUCGGCGGGUCGGCGGCGUCGGCAACCCUGUCGGCCGCGGCGGCGGGUGGGAAAUGGCGGAGUACUUGGCCUCCAUCUUCGGCACUGAGAAAGACAAAGUCAACUGUUCAUUUUAUUUCAAAAUUGGAGCAUGUCGUCAUGGAGACAGAUGCUCUCGGUUGCACAAUAAACCGACCUUUAGCCAGACCAUCUUGAUUCAAAACAUCUAUCGUAAUCCCCAAAACAGUGCACAGACGGCUGACGGCUCACACUGUGCUGUGAGCGAUGUUGAAAUGCAGGAACACUAUGAUGAAUUUUUUGAGGAAGUUUUUACGGAAAUGGAAGAGAAGUAUGGGGAGGUUGAGGAGAUGAACGUCUGUGACAACCUGGGAGAUCACCUGGUGGGGAACGUGUAUGUCAAGUUUCGCCGAGAGGAAGAUGCGGAAAAGGCGGUGAUCGACUUGAAUAACCGCUGGUUUAACGGACAGCCGAUCCACGCUGAGCUCUCGCCCGUGACUGACUUCAGAGAAGCCUGCUGCCGCCAGUAUGAGAUGGGAGAGUGCACCCGAGGAGGCUUCUGUAACUUCAUGCAUUUGAAGCCCAUUUCCAGAGAGCUGCGGCGGGAGCUGUACGGGCGCCGUCGGAAGAAGCAUAGAUCAAGGUCCCGGUCCCGGGAGCGGCGCUCUCGGUCUAGAGACCGCGGUCGUGGUGGUGGCGGCGGCGGAGGCGGUGGUGGCGGUGGGGGACGGGAGCGUGACAGGAGGAGGUCGAGAGAUCGUGAAAGAUCUGGGCGAUUCUGAGCCAUGCUAUUUUUACCGUAUGUCUGCUAGAAAGUGUUGUAGUUGAUUGACCAAACCAGUUCAUAAUGGGAAUUUUUUUAAAAAACAAAAAAAAACACAAAGAUGGGUUUCUGAAUAAAAUUUGUAGUGAUACAGUA